UUUAAGGGGGUUGCUAGGAGAAAAAAAAGUACAAAAUCUUACCAGUCAUAAAUAGAAAGAGAUUCAGGCAUGGUUUGCUUAUCAUUGAUACGUGUUUUAAAGAUUUUAAAUAUUUUUUACAUUCACUUUUAAGGCGUUUUAAAGACGCUCGACUGUUAUAACGCUUACUUUGGCGCAUCUUUGACGCUCUCGAGUCACUUCUGCGCAUGUGUGCGCAGCUCCCCGCAUCCACGACACUCUUGACGCGUCCGCUUCGAGCUGCGCCGGAAGUGACCGGCGGCGUCGCGCUAGCAGCUCGCGCUAACCGGACCGGGACCGGCGGAACCGACACCGGAGCCAAACCGUCAGGAUUCCACCGGGCCCAGCGGACGGAUCGCGCAUCUCCUCCGAAUCCGGAGCGUGUCUGCGGGCGGCGGGAAGUGACGUCAGCUCGAGGGACUUCCGUUUGGGGGCGUGGCCUGACUCGCGAUUGGCGAACAGGUGUCCCGCCAUCCCGCUGUGGCUCUGCGGGCGCUCGGUGGGCGGAGUCAGGCUCAGACUCGGGCUGCGAUUGGCUGGGAGCGAUGAGCGGGCUGAGGGGGGGCGUGGCCGCGGCGCGGGGGCCGGGCGUGGACUCGUCCUGCUGGUUCGCGCCCGGGGCCCUGCGGCGCUUGUUCGAGCUGCCGGCCCCGGUGCUGUCGCGCCACCAGCUCAAGCGUCUGGAGGAGCACCGCUACAGCAGCUCGGGACGCUCUCUGCUCGAACCCGGCAUGCAGCGCUACUGGGAGUGGCUUGUGCGCAGGAUGCCGCCCUGGAUCGCGCCCAACCUCAUCACCGUCGUCGGCUUGGCGACGAACAUCUUCACCACGCUGGUGCUGGUGUAUUACUGUCCCACCGCCACCGAACAGGCUCCUCUGUGGGCGUAUCUCCUGUGCGCCGUGGGUCUGUUCGUCUAUCAGUCGCUGGACGCCAUCGAUGGGAAACAGGCGCGGCGCACUAACAGUAGUUCACCACUGGGGGAGCUGUUCGACCACGGCUGCGACUCGCUCUCCACCGUGUUCGUGGUGCUGGGUACGAGUCUGGCGGUUCAGCUGGGAUCUCACCCUGACUGGAUGUUCUUCUGCUGUUUCUCGGGCAUGUUCAUGUUUUACUGCGCUCACUGGCAGACCUACGUCUCCGGCACGCUGCGCUUCGGCAUUAUUGAUGUGACUGAGGUGCAGAUCUUCAUCAUUCUUCUGUAUCUUCUGGCUGCUGUUGGAGGAUCAGAUUUCUGGGAGUCUCCGAUUCCCGUCAUAAACAUCCAGAUGAAAAUUAUUCCAGCACUUUGCACAUUUAUUGCCAUGGUUUUCUCCUGUACCAAUUACUUCAGAGUCAUAUUUACAGGCGGCGUGGGGAAGAACGGAUCUACUAUAGCAGGUACGAGUGUGUUGUCUCCCGUGCUGCACAUCGGCUCUGUUAUCGUCCUAGCGAUGAUGAUUUAUAAGAAGUCUGCGGCGCAGCUCUUCCAGAAACACCCGUGUCUGUACAUCCUGGCCUUCGGCUUCGUUUCGGCCAAAAUCACCAACAAACUAGUGGUGGCUCACAUGACCAAGAGCGAGAUGCACCUCCACGACGCCGCCUUCCUGGGCCCCGGCCUGCUGUUCCUCGACCAGUACUUCAACAGCUUCAUCGACGAGUAUCUGGUGUUAUGGAUGUCUCUGAUUCUGUCCCUGUUCGAUCUGGUGCGCUACUGCGUGAGUGUUUGUAACGAGAUCUCGUCUCACCUGCACAUCAGCGUCUUCAGGAUCAAGCCUCAGAACACGGCGGCGUCCGUCGAGUGACCGCAGACUCACGCUUUCAUCUUCCUGCACUGAUUUACAUCACCUGCUCAACUUCUUCACCAGGUCUGGAGAAGCGCGGCGCGGCGAAUGGGUGCCGUCAGAAUGUCCAGCUGAUCACAGUAAUCCACAAGUAAUCCAGAAGUAAUCCACAAGUAAUCCAGGUAACUAAUAAGCACUCCAGUCAAUCUGGAGAAGAAAGAAAUCCCUCGUUAAGGUGUUUUUAAUUCAAUAUCGAUAAUAAUGCUAUAAAAAAGAGUGCUGUUUCUCUCUUUCUGACGGCACCCAUUCACUGAUGCAGUGCUCCAUUGCUCCAGAUCUGACGAAACAAACUCAUUUUUGGCUAAACUGUUCCUUUAACGCCGUUUUUUUUUUCUUCUCCAACGAAUGAACAAACUAACAAACGAACUAACAGGUGAGCAAACGUCCGAGGGGUCACUUCUCUUUAGGUCAUCGUUUUAAUGGAAAUCGUUCUCACUCUGAGUUACCCAUGAUGCACUGGGGCCGCCGUGGUCCGUAUUAUCGCGUUAGAGACCGGUCAGAUCAUUGAUGGUUUUGUGGCUGCUAAUAACGAUGUCCUAUCACUUGUUUACGUGUUUCUUCUGUGUUUUGUGUUCAGCUCCGGUUCAUCGUCAGCUGGUCCGUUCUUUCUCUGAAGGAUGUUUCGUUUGGUUUUAGAUGGAAAGCACUUGAUUUAUCGGUCCGUCUCUGAAAGAAACAAGGGUCUCACGCUGUGCCUGGAGGCUCAAUCUCACGAUAUCAUGUUUCGCCCUAAAAUAAACAUAAGGAAAUAUAUUUAGAAAUCUAUUUUAAGCAUGUUCUUUUAACGACAACAAUACGGUAUUUUUUUUACAACCAGUAUGGAAUUUAAUACAACAAUACUGCCACCGCGUGCUUAAAAUUGUGCAGUUUAAAUAGUAUUCACCAUCCUUUUUGUGAUUAAGAAAUAAUAGUCGUCGCGAAGCGCUCUUCUAAAUAUAAUUUCUUGUUUAUUGGUUUCGAUUUAGGUCUGAAAUGUGACAACUUUGACGAGAUUCGCCCCGUUUUGCUUUGCUUCGUCGUGUCUGAAAUCCUCAGACGUUAAGAUCACGCCAAGAAUCGGUUUCUUCUGGAAGUAUUUCAGACACUUCAAGCUACUUGAAAGUGUCUUCCCGGUCUUCUCCCUGAAUGAUUCUGAGCUGAAGUCUGCUCCCAAAGUAUCUCGAGCGAUUAGUGUUGAUUUUUAAUUGAAGUGUUUCACGCACGUGAAAAGUUGCCUUAAAUAUGACGUUUUGACAUUCGCAUGCCGUUUUGCUCAUUUUCCCGAAUUCUUGGUUUCGAAGCAUCCUCAGGCGAUUUAUAGAACAUAAAAAAAAUAAAUAAAGAUCUAAUAAAUGGUAGUUUGUAGAAACAGCUCGAUGCUGCCUCCCGGAAAACGAGUUGAAAUUACUUUUUUUGCGAAGUUUGUGCAAUUGAUGUUAUUACUGAUCUUUUAUUCGCAGAUUAAACUUCGGCGAGGAGCUCCAGUAGUUGAUUUUGUUUUACCGCAUCACAUCCGGUACGUGAGAUAUUAAAUGUGGUAUUCUUCAUCUUUUUCGGUAUGAACGUUUGUUCCGUUCACACUUAAUCAUAAGCUUUGAUUCGUUUCGUUAGACGUCGCUUGUUGCCAAAUCCUUUCUGAGAGUGUUUUUUUUUUCACUUUACGAGAGACAGCAGAUUUAAGCGCUCGUUAAAUCUCUCAGAUGGAAACGUCCGGUGAUAUCUUUCUAUGUUUGUUUGUUUUUUUUCUCCGUCAUGACAUGCGCAUUCAGUCGAUAUUUUCAGUGACGUAAAAACCACCCGUUUCUGACUCAUAACAAAACUGUUGGUUUGAUUGUAACAUUGCUCUGAUUUUUGAAUAAAAGCACUUGUAAAAUAAAGAUUGCUAUAUUUAUGAUAA